CGUCACGAUCGGGAGUGACCGUUUUUCAUCACGGCUUUUCACGAAACGGAAACAGCACUAGCAGCAGCAGGAGGAGCAGCAAAAGGAACCGCUCCGGAGCACUACGCAUCAACGUAAUUCAUGGGCAGAAUAAAGGAUCUUACAUUGUAGUGAAUCGGUGAAGUGAAGUGAUGCAAAGGUGGUUCUCCGGAGACGUACGACGUUAGUAGUUACCGGUUGUGGCCUUGUAAAGUUGAGUGAGCGUCGUCUGCUGGGGCGCUUUACACCGACGGAUUUGGAGUCUGGAGCAGCACUUAACCACUACACCACUUAAGGAGAAUGUCUGAAAUCUGGAGGUGAAGCGAAGCGGAUUACUGGAGCUACAGACGUCGCCGGUUCGCAACAGACGACAAAGGGAAGCGAGCUUACAACAACAAAAUCCUCACAUACCGGUUACGUUAAGCGAACGCACCAGUCGUAGGCUUUCUGCGUUCAGCAGUUGACGACCGCAGUACUUCCGCAGCAGGUUAAUGGUGUAGCCAGUUCCCCGGUCACGUACAGUACGUGGCGAAGAAGCAAGACGCAAGACGCAAAACGCUCACGAUCCCUCCCCUCGUCGUGGAGUCGGAAAUUCGAGAAGCAAUCCUGUGCUUACGGAGCGCUACCGAGAAUGCCUCAGCGAAAGUCAUCGGAACAUCGGCAGAGCGGGGUCCGGCGUGCCUCGCUAUAGCGGGACCCGAUUGAGGUGGUGGGCCACCAGCUAAACACCCCGCACCAACGAUCACCGUCCGGCCCGGGUCCGGUCGGGCCCUCGAUGGACGACGCCACCCAGCACCAUCAUAUGACCCAACAUCACCACCAUCAUCAGCUGCCGAAGGAUCUAUCCCAUCAUCUUCAGCAGCCUUCGUCGGCUCACCAUCGGUCCAGCAAUGCUGGCCCACAGUCUGCCUCAUCGUCAUCGACCGCUUCCUCCUCCUCCUCAUCCGCACACCACGUUAAGCUUUUGCAGCAGCAACAGCAACAACAACAACAACAAUCUCCAUCGUCCAAUCAGCAGCAGCAGCAACAGCAGCUUCAACAUUCUCCAUCGUGGUAUUCGGGAUCCGGUACCGGCGGAACGCUACGUUCCGCUGGUUCCGGUCGGCGAGCAUCGUACGGCCAUAGCCACUAUCAGCAACCACUCACGCUGCCAUCGACGGUUAACUACCAUGACAUUGCCGACACUGUUUCCAUCGGCAGUGGCCACUCGGCGCAGCGGUACAGCACCGAGCUACAGCACCAGGCCGUGGAUCAUCGCCAGCAAUCGCAUCACCAUCACCAACGGCCGUCGAUGUCCCCGGCAAUGGGUGUUACCGGUGACAGCCGAUCGGCGUUAUCGGGCAGCACCAGCAGUUCGAUGGCCGGUGGUCUAGGAAGCGCCGGGAUGUUGAUCGAUCGCAGUGGCAGCACCGAUCGGUUCGGUGCACUAGAGGAUCCGCUGAGUACGAGCUGCCUGCAACCACCAUCGCCGGCACCCAGCAACGAUCAUUACAACGUCAUGGGUUUACCGGCACCUGCUCCUACAUCCGCUAGCCACCAUUACUCCGAUCGCCACUACGGCACCAUCCAACGACGAACAGCAAGCCCUUCGAACAUCAGAUAUCGCCACAGCUUGACGGAGAGCUACCGGGACAUGUCACCGCAGUGCGAUAGAUACAUACCGCCACCGGCGCACUUCCUGGCCGGUAGCAGUGCACUAGCGGCCGCCGACACCUACGGUUACCUCGGGGCGAACGUGCACACGCCGAUCAAACGCUACGUACCGACGCCACCGCCACAGGAACCUACCUAUCAGCCGCUACCGGGUACGGCUUCCUCCAGCGCCAAAACCCAAGCCCUCAUGAGCGCUCUGCUCGGUCAAGGAGUUUCGCUCGGCAACGGGGGCGUUGGCGGUUCAUCGUCUACAUCGCAGCGCAACGUAGCCCCAGCACACCAUGCACAGUACGCGUACGCCACCAGCACUCUGCCGUACGGCUUCCGGGUGAAGACGAACAACAACACCAUCGGAAGCGAACACACCAUAUCGCCACCGAAGGGAUUCGAAACGCCCGAUCACUACAACAGUGGCACCGGUAGCAGCGGCAACAAUGCAGUAACCGCCAGCAACAAUGGUAACCACAACGCACCGCCAGCACGUGUUCGACCUCCCAAGUGCCCGUCUUCCCUUGUGGCCGUCCCGAACGCCACCUCAACCCUUCCACAUCCGGCGUCCCAUGGGUCGCGCAGUAACAGCAGCAGCCGCUACUCGCAGCCAACCAUGGUACCAUCGUCAAUCACCAGCAGCAUCAGCAGUUGUGGCAGUGGCACCAGCAGCGGCAACAACGGCACCGGCAGCAGCAUGUACCGCAUGUCACGCACCUCGAGCGCCGAAUUCUUAGAUCAACCGCGCGGUCUGUACCGCGUGUCGACACCGGUCAGUGUGAUGAGCGAACCGAACGGUACGUCGUCCGGUAGUGCGUCGUGUUUGCACUGCAAUACGCUG